CACCAAAAACCAGAAUGGUAUAUAAAUACAAGCAUUUUUCUUCCUCAAGCACACAAAACAGAACCAUUUGUAUCCCAAAACUGCGAAGCAGAUUCCACAAAAGAAAAAGAAAAAAAAACACGAAAAAGGAAAGAAAAAAAAAAAAAACAGUUUCAUUGGCAUUAUCUUCAAAAUCAUGGCCAAUAAUUUAUCUUCAGGUGUUCAAUCAUUCGAGCUUGAACACGAUCCCCACAUUCUUGUAAAUGUUUCCGACCAAGAAACCUUAUACUCUUCCUCAUACGAGAAUCAUAUAGCGUAUCCUUGUCAUGUCGAUGACGCAACUCAAAUAUUUGCAUGCAAAACGGAAGCGCGUGAGGUGCACGCGCCGCCGAAGUGGAAGCACUUCCGGGGGGUGAGGCGGCGGCCAUGGGGGAAGUUCGCGGCGGAGAUAUGGGAUCCGAAGAGAAAACAUGGCAGGGUUUGGCUGGGAACGUAUGAAACUGAAGAAGAAGCAGGUUUGGCUUACGAUAGGGCUGCGUUCAAGAUGAGAGGUAGCAAAGCAAAGUUGAAUUUUCCACACCUGAUUGGAUCCCACGCGCCGCCGGAGAAAGUGGGAGUGGCGGGAGUGGCUCGGAAGCUGCCGGAGACUUGUUUGCCACCUCUGUCUACGGCGGAGGAUGGUUCACAGCCACAAGGGUCAAAGAAGAGGCGAAACCUAGCUGAUUUGCUUAAUAGGUUAGCCAAGAAUAGAAACCAAGUAUCUAUGUAUGUAUGAAAUA